GGCAGUGUAUGAGCAGGAAGCUGAUUGGCUGAAGGAACACGUGAACAGUGUAUCAGUAGGAAGCUGAUUGGAUGGGAGGACGCGUGGACAGCAGCGUGGCAGCUGAGCCAGCCAAUGGGUGCCUUCUUUCUGUUAAGUUCUGUUAAGUCUCGGUUUGUCGGGUUGAAAUUAAAGGUAUAAAAAGGGGCCAGUUUUUACAGUAAAGAGAUCUCCUUCGGAUGCAUGAGGGGGUCUGUGUCACUUUGUUCCCCACUGCUGCAAGAGCUAUUCUCUUUCAGCUCAUUCUGUUUGUUUUUUCCAAUACUCCACUAAAUGUGAGUUCACUGGAUGGAAACUAGAAAAGGACCUAUAGAUUUCCCUUGAUAACUCCUGCACCGAGCUCCAACAGUUUGAGGCUCAAUAACGCUAAGGUCAGAAAACUGAUAUCCAUCUUGAUUCAGAGCCCCUCCUGUGUGUGUUAACCCUUUCACAUCCCAGGUUUAACCUGGCCUACAUGACACUGGCUUGGUGAUUGACUACAUGCCUGAAAAACAUCACUGCCUAGUCCAGAGUUAAAUGCUGGCAGCAUGUUCCCUAUCACUUCAGCUUUCCAAGAAGAGAACACUGGUAACAUUUUUCAGGUGCAAGCAUAUCACCUAUCCUGGGGUCCCAGCAACAUCUCACUGCUCCUCGCCAUCUGGUCCUGGUGGUGAGGGUCCCCUGCCGCCGCCAUGCCGCUCCACGCCGAAGAGUAGAGAAUUCCGUGGAUUAAUACACACUUGGGCCAGGUGGGAACGCCCCCGAGCCUCCCGUGCAGCUCUUGUAAGUACUCACAUGACAUCAUGAAUGCAGAGAACAAGAAAGUUCUAAAAAAACAUGAUUUGUCUGGCCUCAGCGAGAAUGAGCUGCAAGUCCUGCUUCUCCAAAACGAUCCAUUCUUCCUCCCUGAUACCUGCCAGUUUUACAACAAAAAAGGUUGUCACUGUAUGCAUCAAAACAACUGCAACAAGCUUCAUGUUUGUCGACACUUUCUCCAGGGGAAAUGUAAAUUUCCUCGAUGCAUAAUGUCCCAUAACCUCUUGGAUGACCAUGCAAUGAGAGUGUUGGAAACUGUAGGCAUUGAUGGGAAGAUAGCUUCAAACUUCCAGGCUAUAUAUGAUUACAGGCAUGUUGAAUUCAACAGGGAACAGAGGAGGAUGCAUGUACACAACUACAGAAAUGAUUAUUGGAAAAAGCCAGAAGUUAAAAGGAUUAAAGAACCGAAGACAACUUUAGAAACAGUGCAAUGCAUGCUGGAUGUGCCACCUUCAGAAGGUCCCAGUAGCCCUGUACCUGCCCAGAGCCAAGACCAGUUGCCAACAGGAGCGAGAGAUAAAGAUAAAGGUCCCAGUAGCCCUGUACCUGCCCAGAGCCAAGACCAGUUGCCAGCAGGAGUGAGAGAUAAAGAUAAAGGUCCCAGUAGCCCUGUACCUGCCCAGAGCCAAGACCAGUUGCCAACAGGAGCGAGAGAUAAAGAUAAAGGUCCCAGUAGCCCUGUACCUGCCCAGAGCCAAGACCAGUUGCCAGCAGGAGUGAGAGAUAAAGAUAAAGGUCCCAGUAGCCCUGUACCUGCCCAGAGCCAAGACCAGUUGCCAGCAGGAGUGAGAGAUAAAGAUAAAGAUAAAAAGGACAGUUCCUCUGAUGAAGCUUCAAAGGACAACAGAAAAGAGAAUUGUGAUGAGAUCUGUUUGUUCUAUGUCUGGAAGUACUGCAAGAAUAAGGAUAAAUGCGAAUCUGUUCAUUACCAUUUGCCAUAUAAAUGGGAGAUACAUGAUGGGUUGAACUGGCAUGAACUUCCCAUGAUGGAGGAAAUUGAAAAGGCCUACUGUGACCCAAAGAACAGCAGCUUGCCAAGUAGGAAGAUUAAUUUCCAGACAAUGACCUGCUGUUCUUCUUUGGUUCGACGCCUCUCUACACCAUCAUCGGUCACAAAACCCACAUUCCUACUGACCACACAGUGGAUUUGGUACUGGAAGAAUAACCAAGACAAGUGGAUUGAAUAUGGAGAACAGGAAGAAGGGAGCAGCACGACCUCACCAUCUUCUGCUAUUAUUGAGAAUUUGUAUCAAGCAGAUCCAGGUGUCAUUGUAGCUUUCCAGGCUGGCCAACAUCAGUAUGAACUCAAUUUUAAAGAAAUGACUCAGACAAACACUAGUUUUAAAACUCAAAGACAGGUUUGCAGGCGGCCAAAAUUCGUGUCUUCUGAAGAUGUGCAGAAGAUAAAGACAGGCAGCCAAAGGGAUUCUUCUAUUCCAAAUCAGACCUGUCCUAGUCACUGGGAUGCAUCUGCACUGCCUGACUUGGGAUACAAGGCAGUGGUGAUCAGCAAUGCGACCUCUGAAUACAAUGAAAUAAAGCAGCUGUUUCAUCAGACUAUGAAAAAUUACAGCAUCCUUAAAAUACAGAGGAUUCAGAAUCCAUCCCUCUGGAAGGUGUUUCAGUGGCAGAAAGAGAAGAUGAAAAGGGAAAAUGGAGGAAAGGAAAUUCAGGAAAAACGCCUGUUCCACGGAACUGACGUCAAUUCCAUGGAAACAAUCUGCAGCCUGAACUUUGACUGGAGAAUUUGUGGAAGCAAUGGAACUAACUAUGGGAAGGGAAGUUACUUUGCUAGAGAUGCUUGCUAUUCCCACGCCUACUGUCAGCCUACGCUGCAGGGACACUUCAUGUUCGUGGCUCGUGUUCUGGUUGGAGACUACGUUAAAGGCAACGCCACCUAUGUCCGUCCCCCAGUGAAGUGUGCGGACAAGCUGUGGUUGUAUGACAGCUGUGUGGAUGAUGAGUUAAAUCCUUCUGUUUUUGUUGUCUUUGAAAAACACCAGAUUUACCCAGAGUACAUAAUAGAGUAUAAAGAUGAGAGAAUAAGCGAGCAGAAAGUGGCGGGAAUAAGAGAGCAGAAAGAGACAGGAAUAAGAGAGCAGAAAGCGGCGGGAAUAAGAGAGCAGAAAGAGACAGGAAUAAGAGAGCAGAAAGUGGCGGGAAUAAGAGAGCAGAAAGAGAUAGGAAUAAGAGUGUCUAGAGAUGAGGGAAAAAAAUGUGUUAUAUCUUAGAGGAAUAUGGCAGUUUCUGUCCCUCAUCUUGUUUUUCGUAUUGAAGGUGUUCUUACACUUGGUGACUUCUUUCUUUUUAAUACAGUUCUUCGGAAUGUUAAUCCAAUUUUUGCAUUGAGGAGGGCUGGCAAAGCAGAUGUUACAGUUGCUGUGACUGCCUUAUCUUCUUCUCUUCCUCUCUUAAAUGAAGCGCAGACAUUUCCAUAACCAUAGCAGAAAAAUCAGAAUUGUGGGAUGGGAAGUUGAAUGUUAUGACUGCUGUGGGCAAAUAAUUGUAAAUGCAUCGUCUAAAAAAAUGGAGAGGACUUCUCUUCACAAACAGUUAAAAGAAAAAUUAACAGUACAGUAGUUUUAAAGGAAGCCUUCAGGCUUUUAGUAGCCAGAGAUGCUUUUCAGUGCAGAAUUCAUCUGUUCUUGAUCCUCUCAUCUAUCAUUAUUAUAAACAAUUCAGUAUAGGUAAUAAUGACUUGAGUUUGUUUUCAAAGCACUGCUUGUUAAUGCUCGUACAUGUUUUGAGAUAAAGUGAUAAACAGAAAAAGCAUAUUUUAAAUACAUGUUGUUAGUUCUCGAGAAUUUUCAUCUGUACAAUGGCAGAUGGAUCAGAAAGCUGUUGGAUCAGAUUCUUUGUGGAAAUGUGCAGUAACUUGCUGUAACCUAUACAAAAGCAGAGCUCAACUGAAACUGUGAAAGCCACCACAUGUGAGUAAGCAGAUACCAAAAUUUGGUGGUUUGGCUUCAACUAAUGGCCAUAAGUACACAAAGGCUGUGUCCCAACGAGCCAGGCUUGUCAGUGGAUGUGGCCACGUAGCACAAUAGGACAUGAGAAACUUCUUAAGGAUCAUAGAGAUGUUCUGUCCUGUUUGUGCAAUAAUUUUCGUUUUUCCAGAUUAGAAUGGGACCGAAAGAGACCAGUUAGGUUCUCUUGAGGCCAGUGGUAGAACUGCUGUCCUAAGGCACCAUCCGCAUGUUCUGCUGCCCACUUGCCGGGGGCAGGGUGCUGACAAGUGAAGAUCCUCUUUUUGUUUUGGGGGUGAUCCUGGGUCAGAAACCUGUGCAGAUUCUACUGGAUGUUAGCCGGGAGUCUGUAAGUGGAUCAAACUGAAUGCCCUCUGUACAAAAUGCCAUAUUCAGGCAGUUCAGCUGUUCAGAGGGAAACUGGGAGUGAGGACAGAAGAGCAGUAAUUUUUGCCUUCAGAUAAGCUUUACAGAAACACCAAUAGCCUCUAAGGUUUUUGCAUCUGUGAUAGAAAUCUGUCAACCACUCAAAGAUAGCAAGUUCUUCCCAAGAGGAAUGUAAAAUGAAAUCCAGAAAAUCUUACUAAAAUGACUUAGAACUAAAUGAAAACAUGCGGAGAAGAUUUUAGCACUUUUUAAGAUCUUUCUCUUGUUUGCCUGUAGAAUUCCUGAAUUACUGAGCUUGCUGUAUUUGCAAAUAAAACCUGUUUUCAGGCA